UUUUUUAAGACGUAAGGCUUGAUCUGGGUCCCGGAAACCGGCCCAUAGAUUUCUAUUUGUCUGUGUGAUAGAGCUUCGCAGGGCUAUUAGAACAGGGGACUAUAAAAUAAUGUUUCCCAAAUGAUGGGUCUGGAACCAGUGGUGACUGGGAGUUGUUAGACUGUUAGUAGCAGGAUCCGUUUUUGUUUUAUCUUGUUUGGAGGAUUAGAAUACUAUUAUUUGAAAGGCUUCAGUUUAGGUGUAAUGGUAUAGAAUAGUCUGAGAACCAUUGAGGCUAUGAUGACCGGGAGCUUCAGUGCAGAGCACAGACAGAAGGACAUAAUGGCUCUGACCAACCCAAUGAACCCUGUGAACCCCAUGCCCAUGGGCCCAUGGAAGAUCACAGUGUACGACCAGGAGUACUUCCAGGGAAAGCGUAUGGAGUUCACCGCCUGCUGCCAGAACAUCAUGGAGUGUGGCAUGGAGAACAUCCGAUCCCUGAAGGUUGAGUGUGGAGCCUGGGUUGGGUAUGAGCACUCCAGUUUCUGUGGCCAGCAGUUUGUCCUGGAGAAGGGAGACUACCCCCGUUUUGAGGCCUACAGCGGCAGCAACUCCUACCGCAUUGAGAGGAUGAUCUCGUUCAGACCCAUCUGCUCCGCUAGCCACAAGGAGUCCCGUAUGACGAUCUAUGAGAAGGAGAACAUGAUUGGUCGCCAGUUUGAGAUGUGUGAUGACUACCCCUCCCUGCAGGCCAUGGGCUGGUUCAACAAUGAGGUUGGAUCCAUGCACAUCCAGAGCGGAGCCUUCGUGUGCUACCAGUUCCCUGGCUACCGUGGCCACCAGUACAUCAUGGAGUGUGACUGCCACGGAGGAGAGUACAAGUGUUACCGUGAGUUUGGCUCCCAUGCCCAGACCCCUCAGAUCCAGUCUAUCAGGAGAAUUCAGCACUGAGCAGGAAACACCUUCAUCCUUCCUCCUCUACUCCUCCUCUUCUUCUACUUCCUACUCCUCCUCCCGCUCUUCUCUCCCCUCUCCUACUACUCCGCCUUCUACUCUGCCUCCUCGCCCAUCCCGGUUCCGCUGGUCCAGCUGGUCCAGCUAGUCCAGGCAGGAUUGCGGGCCGGGCCUCAGGUGCUUACCGGCGACGUCACAUGUUCACGGCACUUAUUUUUUUAAACCAUCAUGAAAAACAAAGGAAGAACGAAUUGAAAGACAGAGGGAAUGACAGAGAUGAGAGAAAGAGUAAUGAAUCCUCGACACCUUUUUGCUCCUCUUCGUCCACGACAUCAUCAUCAGCUUCUUCUUCAUCAUCAUCAUCACUAUUGCCUGUCACUGUAGUUGUGAUGGUAAAGAUUGUAUGAGACUGAUGAAUAAAGAGAACACGCAAAAGAAAGAGAGAAUAACAAGA